AUGUCCUCCUCAAACGGCGGCAAGGUCUUCUCUAUCCUCGGCAAGAACCUCAAGGCCAACACCAAAGCCGAUCUCGAGCCGUACAUCACCGAGCUCGCUGACCUCCACGAUGUCGAGGAGGUACACUUUGGCGGCAACUCGCUCGGCGUUGAGGCGUGCCAGGCCAUCGCAGCCGUUCUCAAAGAGAAGAAGAGCCUCAAGGUCGUCGACUUGGCCGACAUCUUCACCGGCCGCCUGAUUUCGGAGAUUCCUCAGGCGCUCAGUGCGCUGUGUGAUGCGCUGAUUGACUCGCCCGCGCUCGUCGAGCUCGACCUCAGCGACAACGCGUUCGGUGGACGCUGCGCCGACGCCAUGGUGCCCUUCCUGGAGAACAACACCGUCUUCCAGGUAUUCAAGCUGAACAACAACGGCAUGGGCCCUGCCGGCGGUACGAUCGUCGCCAAUGCGCUGUAUGAGAAUGCGGUGCGCGCCAAGGCGGCGGGCCGCGAGAGCCAGCUUCGUGUGCUUGUUUGCGGACGUAACCGUCUCGAGAACGGGUCGGCGCCGGCGUGGGCUAAGGCAUUCGAGGCGCACGGCCUCCUUCGCGAGGUCCGCAUGCCCCAGAACGGUAUCCGCAUGGAGGGCAUUGCCGCCAUCGCCAAGGGGCUCGCCGCGUGCCCCACCCUCGAGGUGUUCGACCUCCAAGACAACACCGCGACACGGAGCGGCACUCGCGCCAUCGUCCGCCAGCUCACCAACUGGCCAGAGCUCCGCGAGAUCAACCUCUCCGACUGCCUGCUCGGCAAGGCUGGCGGCAUCGCUCUCGCCACCAGCCUCGGCGCCGGUUCCAACCCCAAGCUUCAGACUCUUAAGCUCCAGUACGGCGAGUUUGACAAGCGCACGAUCGACCUCCUUUCCGUCGCUAUCACCCAGCACCUCAAGGACCUGACGACGCUCGAGAUUAACGGCAACCAGGCUGACCCCGAGGACGAGUGCAUCGAGAAGCUGCGCGAGGCGCUCGCCGUGCACGGCCACGAGGACGCGCUCGACGACCUCGACGACAUGGAGGAGCCCGAGAGCGGGGAAGAGGACGAGAGCGAGAGCGAGGAGGGUGAGAGCGAGGAUGAGGAGCAGAAGGAGGCCGAGAAGGAGGGUAUCUCGCCCGAGGCCAAGGCUGGCGAGGACGACGGCGUUGAUGCCGGCGCCGACGACAAGGGCAAGCCCGUCUCUGACAAGGAGACGGAUGACUUGGCCGACGCCCUCGCCAAGGUCACUGUCUAG